AUGUCGUCAGACUCGCAACGACAACCGCCUGAAACAGAUGAUUGGCCUCAGACCAAUGCGGAAGGAGACAUCUGGUCGGGAUACAUAUGGCCCGAGCACGUGGUAGACUGGUACGAGCAUCUAGGUACUGAGUUCACCCCGAGCGCGCUUGAAGACGAUGCCCGGGUAGAAGCGGUCGGUGCUACUAAACGCACGUCGCAGUCACUUGAGUGCGGAAAGGAUUUGCAGGCCGACCAGGGAGUCGUCGAGGCUCGAAGACCGAUCACCAGCCCUAUAUCAGAUCCGAGAACUCGUGUCGGCGCUGGUUCUUCAGAAGCUGAAUCAAGUCAAGAUCAACAGAAUCUUGGCUUGCUGACACUGUACCAUGGCGGGGGGUCAAUGGUUCCUCGCGACGAUUGGCCUACGUCAUCGGGGCCGAUCCUGACUGAACACGGCUCUGGCUCUAUCCGUCUGGACGAGCUGCACACGCAAGAGUGUUGGAUAUCGAGCGCGCGCGAGACAAUGGAUUCCGACAAAGAGAUGGCCCUAUCUGAAAGACCUCGACGACGCCGUUCGGAGACCACUAAGCGGAAGAUCAGAGAAGCGGCAUUGGGCCGAAUCAUGUCCCCCGAGGCGCGCGCUAAGAUAUCGGAACACACUGGAAAUGGAAAGCGAUAUCGAGUCACACAGAAGAAUGGGGGAACGUUUAGAGUCGAUGGGGAACCAGUGACUUCCGUUACUGUACAGAGUCUCGAGAGGGUAGCUGCCAUCACUAAAGCCGCCAAGAGUACCGUUUCGAUCGCUCUCAGGGAUAAGCAAGGUGUCGUCAAGAGAACUUUCAAGGUUGAGGAUCUAGGUCUAUCAAACCCGCCUCACCUCUAUACCUCUCGAGAUGUGCCCAACUUACGAGUCAUUGUUGCAUACCACACAGGACAAGCCGAUGCCCCAACUGACGAUCGGCAUGAAGCUCCUGAAGUUUCGGACUCGACGUCGGAGCACCUCCUCGUGCCUUCGACCUGGCAAGGCAAAGCGAGAAGAGAAUCCAGUCCCCCGCGAGGAUCAAGUGGCAACGUUCUCGAAACCACGAUUGGAGCCAGAAUCAAGAAGUCUAAGCAAAGAAACCCGACGUCUAAAGCGAUAGUCAAUCGUACCAGAGCAGGCAGUCUCGCCGCGUCGUCAACAGCUUGUUCGUUUGACCUUGUUAGGGUCGAAAGCGGUGAAUUAGAACAGACGGACUCUUCGAACAGUAUGGGACAUACAUGGCCACAAUCGUUCGAACUCUCUGCCGUCAGCGAAUGGAAUUCUGCCGCUCCCAAUCGUCCGGCAGGAUCUCCACAGCCGGAUUUCAAGGGGAGCGCAAUAAAGGCAGAUGGGACGAGGCAACCUUUCAAGUCGGCCGAGGCCUUGCAUCAGGAACUUGUCCGCAAUCUCUGCGAGGUGUUGUGUUCUGGAGGAUCGAUGUCAAAUGAAGAGCGAAACCUCAAGGUGGAACGGAAGUAUCGUGACAUCGCCAUCUACAAAAAUCGUAGGACUCUGCAAGCACGUUUCCGGGAAGUGAAAAAUUGGGUAGAAGAGUUGAGAUCUGAGAGAAAAGACUGGUGGCAUCCCCCUCUUAACCUACCGGAAGGUUCAGCAAAGGCAGAGAAGUUGAAGCAGACACCACCAGAACUUGUUUCUAUCGUAGAGAUCCGCUGGAAGCUCUGUGAGACCUGCUUCAAGAAUAAAGGCGAGCUCUUGCCAUCCCGCGCGAGCACAGCAGAUCUCGUCGGGAAAGUCAUCCUUCAGGGCAAAGUUCAGCAAGGAACAUAUUUGGGAUGUUUCCUGAUGCGGCUGCAUGCAAUGUCAAGCUGGGGUUCUCCUUCCAAUUCGGACCCCUAA